UAUAAAUACAGAUCCAUCUCAUUUGCGCGGCAUCAGACGUUUCCAACCUGCCGGGCUGUGUGUCUUAGUGUCCUGUGUUUCUUCCUUGUUUUCUAAUUAGCUUUCGACCAUGUAUUUCUCUCAAAGCCUGCUAUUCGUCUCGCUGGCGGCGAUGCUGAGCCAAGGGUGGUGCGGCUACGACGACCACUACGACCACCACGAGCCGGCCCACUACUCGUUCGGCUACUCGGUGAACGACCACCACACGGGCGACAUCCACUCGCAGCACGAGUCCCGGCACGGCGACUCCGUCCACGGCUCCUACUCCCUCGUCGAGCCGGACGGGCACGUGAGGACCGUCAAGUACGAGGCCGACCACAAGCACGGCUUCAACGCCCACGUCAGCCGGAAGGAGUACCACCACGGCUACCACGCCCCCGCCCCCGCUCCCGUCCACCACCACCACGAGGGCCACCAUGGCACUGCAUACUUCCAUCUUCACUAAGGGUUGAAGUUAUCUACUCCCGGAUCAGGAGGACCUGUCGCGGGAUAUGCUAUUCGAGAUGAAUCUUCGGUCAUGAGAGACACCAGUGGGCUCAUUGUUGAAAUUCAUAGACAAAGCUAUAGACACAGACGAUAAAAAGGAUAUGGAGGGUUCCAUUG